GCUGUAUCAACAUGGCGGAUUCCACAUCUCCCACCAAACGAAUGCGGACGUUUAGUUCCUCUGUAGUUGCUGGUGCAGGUGUUGUUGCUUCUGCUCUUUCGAUGGAGUUUAUUCAGUCCCUUACAGAAUUACCUGAGUUGGAGAAGGUGUAUGCGCAACUGUGUCAGGAGGAGAAGCAAGUCGAUGCUGAGUUGGAAGCCCUUGUGGGUCAGCAAGGGAACGUGGAAACCAAGAUGAUGACUUUGCAUCGUAUGGGUCCCAACCUGCAGUUGAUUGAGGGAGAUGCCAGGCAACUAGCUGGGAUGAUCGCCUUUACUUGUAACCUGGCUGAAAAUGUCAGUGGUAAGGUCCGCCAGCUUGACCUUGCAAAGAACAGGCUUUACCAGGCUAUCCAGAGGGCAGAUGACAUUUUGGAUUUGAAGUUUUGCACAGAUGGUGUUCAGACAGCACUGAGAAAUGAGGACUAUGAACAGGCUGCUGCUCACAUUCACCGUUACCUUUCCCUGGACAAAUCUGUCAUUGAGUUGAGCAGGCAGGGUAAAGAAGGCAGCAUUAUUGAUGCCAACUUGAACCUCUUGCAAGAAGCUGAACAGCACCUGAAAACCAUUGCAACAGAGAAGUUUGACCAGGCUAUUAAAGAGGGUGACCUUCCACAGGUGGAGCGCUUCUUUAAAAUCUUCCCUUUGCUUGGAUUACACGAAGAUGGCCUAAGCAAGUUUGCAGAGUACCUUCGUUCACAGAUUGCCAGCAAAGCCAAGGAAAACCUGACCCUUGCUCUUGGCACGGAUAUGAAUGAACGUCGGGCAGCAGUUAUGUUUGCUGAAACUCUUACACUGCUCUUUGAAGGUAUUGCUCGAAUAGUGGAGACUCAUCAGCCUAUUGUUGAAACGUACUAUGGUCCUGGUCGACUGUUUACACUUAUCAAGCAUUUGCAAGUGGAAUGUGACAGCCAGGCUGACACUGUCGUAAAUAAGUUCAUUCAGCAUCGGGACUAUCACAAGAAGUUCCAGCAAGUUCAGAGCAGCAUGAGAAGUUUAUCAGCUGACAAGAUUGAACCCAGGGAGCUGGACACAGUUUUGGGUGAAGUGACCAUUAUGAAUGCCAGAGCAGAACUGUACUUGCGAUUUAUAAAACGGAGGAUAAGUUCUGAUUUUGAAAUUGGGGAUUCUAUGGCCACAGAUGAUGUGAAACAAGAGCACCAGAAGUUGUUGGACAACCUACUGAACAACUGUCUGUUAAGCCGGGACAUGCAAGAAUUGAUUGGCUACUAUAUCACGAUGGAAGAGUACUUCAUGAGAGAGACCAUCAAUAAGGCUGUUGCUAUGGAUGUCUGUGAGAAGGGCCAGCUUACUUCAAGUAUGGUGGAUGAUGCUUUCUACAUUGUGAAGAAAUGCAUUGCACGUGCUCUUUCCAGCUCCAGCAUUGACUGCCUGUGUGCCAUGGUUAACCACUCUACCACAGCUUUGGAAUCAGACUUCAGGGAGGUACUGUGUAGUAAGCUACGGAAUGGCUAUCCUGCCACAACUUUGCAGGACAUCCAGCGUGGUGUCACUAGUGCUGUAAGCCUCAUGCAAAGUAGCCUGCAGCAAGGCAAAUUUGACACAAAGGGUAUUGAAAGCAUGGACGAGGCUCGUCAGUCUUUCCUGGUGACACUGAACAACAUUGAACUGUGCAGUGAAAACAUUAUAACCCUGAAGAAGAAUUUGGAGAGUGACUGUGACAAGCUGUUCAGCCAAGGCAUUGGAGGGGAACAAGCUCGGGCUAAGAUAGAGAGUGGGCUUUCUGACAUGGCAGCUGUUUCAAAUAAAUUCAAAGACCUGUUACAGGAAGGGCUGAUGGAGCUCAAUAACACUGCUAUAAAACCUCAGGUCAAGCCUUGGAUUAAUAGCUUCCUGUCUGUCUCGCACAACAUUGAAGAGGAGGAGUUUAAUGACUAUGAAGCCAAUGAUCCGUGGGUGCAGCAGUUCAUUCUUAAUCUGGAGCAGCUAAUGGCUGAGUUCAAGGCUGGAUUGUCACCUGUCAUCUAUGACAAUUUAACCAGUUUGAUGACCAGUUUAAUAGCUAUCGAACUGGAGAAGAAUGUUCAGAAGUCUGUAUUCAGCAGGCUAGGUGGACUACAGUUUGACAAGGAGCUGAGGUCACUCAUUGCUUACCUGACAACAUUGACAACGUGGACAAUAAGAGACAAGUUUGCUCGAUUAUCCCAAAUGGCCACAAUCCUCAAUCUGGAGAGGGUAACGGAGAUCUUGGAUUACUGGGGUCCUAAUUCUGGACCACUCACAUGGCGUCUGACUCCAGCUGAAGUCCGACAGGUGCUAGCUCUCAGGACAGACUUCAGAAGCGAGGAUAUUAAAAGGCUGCGGUUGUAGUGAGAGAAA